AUGAUUGUUAUUAUUCAAAAUGAUGUAUUUUAUCUUCCAAAAAAACAAGAUAUAUUUAGAAAGACCAAAAAAAAUCAAUUAGACAUGGUUUCAAGUGGCAAUAAUGACACACAAUCAUCAGCAACUCCUCCAAAGGCGAAGAAACGGAGAACGAGAAAUGCAACAGCAUGUAUGCGAUGUCGGGAACUAAAGAAAAAGUGCGACAAUAAUCUACCUUCUUGUACAAGAUGUAUCGAAUUUGGAGCCAAUUGCCUCUACCUGACCUACGAAGAAUACCAGCAGACUCUAGCAGAAGCAGUGAUCGAGCUGAGUCAAGAAUUGGACAUAAUCCAAGCCGACGUACGCAAUCUGACCUUUAGAACCCCACAAUCGAAUAAUACCAACACCGUCAUUAAUAAUCAUGUUAAUAGUAAUAUUAAUCAUCAUCAUCAUCAUCAUCAUCAUCCUCAUAACACCAACUACUACAACACAUACAACAAUAAUCAAAGUCAAAGUCAAAAUCAAAAUCAAGAUCAAGAUCAAAAACCAAAUCUAAAUCUAAAUCCAAGCCCAAGUCCAAAACAAACGGCCGUCCAAUGGCAAUUUGAUUAUGACGGGAGUGAGUCAGCAGAAACACUUGAGUUUUACAGGUUUUUAUGGAAGAUGCGGCAGGAUUAUGAGCAGACAAAUUCCCGUAGGCUACACAACAAUGAUACCGGACGGAAUUAUUGUGGCGAUAUUGACGAUAUUGAUUAUUACGAAGACGAGGUUCUUUCUCCAAAAUCAACAUCGACGUCCACGUCAACUUCAUUAUCAUUAUCACUGUCAACCUCGACCUCGACCUCAAAUUCGACUUUAACCCCAGCAUCACCUCCACAGUUCUUACUACAGCCACAAUCACCAUUACUGAAUCGACAAAAAAAUCAACCCCUGAAAACAACCUUGGCAAAUUCAAAUUUAAAUUCAAAUUUAAAAGUAGCAGACCCAGACCCAGACUCAGGUUCAGGUUCAGGCUCAUGCUCAUACUCAUGCUCAGGGACAGGAACGAAACGAAACCCAAACCUAAAAUCAGAAAUGGAAAUGGAAAUUGAAAUUGAAACAGGGACAGUAACAGAGACAGUAACAGAGACAGAAAUGGGAUUAGGAAUGGGAACUAGGGUAGGAACAGGGACUGGGGCUGCAGCACCAAGUGGCGGCGGACUAUUCGAAUGGAAAGCCACAAUGGAUGAAGGACGGCUGCGGAUUGACACCAACAUUUGUUCGUUUCGAGAUAUCUAUCGGGUUCUGAAACAGAGCCAACAGGUUGCCACCGACAGUGGCUUGUGCUCCCAAGUCAGCAACUAUCCCAGCAAACAGGGGUCACUUUGCUCCUACGAGUAAGUUACAACGUGGCUAUCUUUCUCGGCCACCUCUCCGUUUUCCAUGUCUGUGAUCGACCAAUCACAAGUCUUGUUUUCCAUUAUUUUAUUUUAUUUUAUCAACACCCUUUAUUACGCUCAUUAUUUUAUUUUUAUAUACAUAUGCUUUAUUUAUAGCUUAUAUAGUAAGAACCACAAAAAAUCCAAGAAAAAUCCAAACUCCUUCUCGCUCCUUUUCUCUCUCUCUCUCUCUCUCUCUUAUUCGCACACACACUCACUAUUGGCACUUGUAACUUGCAUUUACACACAUUAUUGUAUUUCUUUCAUUAUUUUUCCCUCUUUUUCUCUCUCUUACUUAUUCUUUGAUAUUAUUUCAUAUUAUUUAAACGAAAUUAUACUAUUUACAAGCCCCUAAAAAAAUCUUAUUAUUCAUUCACUCUACCCACUUCCUUUCCUUUUCUUUACUCUACUUUACUUUCCUUAUUUCAAACCAUACCCUAUUCUAUCAUAUAGCUCAUUUACCUUAUUUCAAUAUACUUAUACUUCUUUAUCGCCCACUUCUUUACGUACCUCAAUUUUACUUUUCUUUUGAACAAAUAUACAAAAUAAAUAAACAAACAAACAAAAAAUAAAAGAAAGAAAGAUAUAAUACAUCAUGCCUGUCGACGAACAACUACAACUACAGCAGCAACAACAGCAACAGCAACAACAGCAACCUGGACAACCCGAACAACGGAAGAAACGCGCAAAGAUCGUGAGUGCCUGUAGUGAAUGCCGCCGUAAGAAAACAAAAUGUAAUGGCGAAUUACCCUGUCGGAAUUGCCUAAAGUCCCAGGUGUCGUGCAUCUACCCAUCCCAUAGUGAUGACAAACGAAAUACGCCGAGUAAAGUUGCGCUGGAAGCAAUUGAAGACAGGCUCAAGGCUAUUGAGGACAUGCUGAAAAUAAUAUUGCAGAGCCAGAGUCAGAACCAGAGUCAGAACCAAAACCAAAACCAAAACCAAAACCAGAGCCAGAGC